GGCAGCUCGACAGUUUAUCGCUAUGCUCUCGAGCGUUAACUGCUCACUGGUCGGUUACAUCCAAUCGCAACAAGGUCUUCGUUUCAUCCAAGAUCGCAACUGCAUAGUGCGUCGGAAGAAUGAGUUAAUCAGACGGAGAGUUAAGCUUAUUUCUGGUGGUGGUAGCGGCCAUGAACCUGCUCACAUCGGAUAUGUUGGUAAAGGAAUGCUGGAUGGCGCUGUGUGUGGUGAUGUUUUCUGUUCCCCCUCGGCGGAGUCCAUAGUUGACUGCUUGCGCUGCGUAGCAGAGCCACACGAGGAUGUUCUGUUUAUUGUCAACAACUACACCGGAGAUCGACUGAAUUUCGGACUAGCAGUCGAAAAAGCGCAAUCGCUAUAUGGAUACAGAAACGUGAAGAUUUUGCUCAAUGACGACGACUGCUCUAUCGAUGAAUCACUGACGCGAAAAUCAGUUGGGAAACGGGGCCUGGCUGGGUGUGUUUUGCUGAUCAAAAUACUUGGUGCUAUGUCCGACCUCGGAUAUGCAAUUGAUGAUUUGGAAAAGUUUGGUAGCGGACUCCUGCAGAGCGGUUCCAUCACAACUUUUGGCUUCACCUUCAACGUUGUCGAUAAUAGAUUAAACAACAUUGAGUUGGGAAAAGGUUUUCAUGGUGAACCCGGCUUAUAUAAGUUGGAUUCAUGCGACGACUUUGCGCCAAUUAUUCGGUUCAUGAUAGAUAAAAUAUGCAAGAAAAUUACACCCCCGACGGAUGUUGUUGUUCUGGUGAAUAAUCUUGGAGGAACAUCCGAGUUUGUCAUGGGUGUUUUUGUGAAUACACUUUGUACCAUCUUAGAGCAGCAUUUCAGAAUACGGAGAGUCUAUACUGGUGUUUUCUUUUCAUCGCUAAGUCAAACCGGACUGUCCGUGACACUAUUGAAUCUAGCCUAUUCAGAACAAUUGUUUAGUUUCUUGGACUAUGAAGUUCAAGUUGGAUCAUCGCUAUUUGGUGGGUCGAUGAACUUCAGUGGUCCCAUAUCUGAAGUACAAGUAAUCAAGGAUAGUACCGACGACACAAACUUAUCGUCAACCGUCUAUAAAUUGAAAUUUCAAAAUAGAAACCAACGAAAUGUUCGCAACAUUAUUGAAAAAAUCGCUCAAAAACUGUUAUCCAGUCGCAGCAUUUUGAACACGUACGACAAGGAAUGUGGUGAUGGUGACACGGGAAAUACUAUUGCCAACGGAGCCAUGGCUUUGCUGAGGCAGUUAGAUCAGGAUUUAGAUUUGUUGCAUCCAGCGAAAAUGCUUCAAGAUAUUAGCAAUAUUCUGUUGCUCAGCAUAGGCGGGACUUCUGGUGGACUCUACAGCUUGUUCUUCCAGGCUGCUUCGAUGGCGUUCGUGGAAGCUGACGAUGAACCCGCUGUCACUGUUAAACAUUGGCUUGAAGCUCUUCGAAAAGGUAAUGAAGCGAUUAUGUGGUACGCACUAACCGAGGAGGGAGAUCGCACGAUGCUGGACCCUUUGAAGCAAGCUGAAGCUAGUCUGCAAAGUUUGGUGGAUCGCAAUCGUGACGCAGUAGACUGUUGCCGAAUAUUCGCUGAAACGUGUGAGGCGGCUGCCAGAGCCACCCAGCAUAUGGUUCCGAAAUCGGGACGUGCCUCUUACUCAGCGACGGAAUCGAAGAAUGUGAACUACAACCAUCCAGAUCCCGGUUCACAUGCCGUUGCUAUUUGGGCGAGGGUACUGCAUGAGACAUAUAGGGAUAAUUUGCCAUGAAUGGAAGAAUAUUGAGUUCGUUAUCCGUUGAAUAUCUCCCAAUGCACUGUACCACUCUUCCAUCGUUGGAUCGAGUCCGGAAGAUCUUUCGCCUGGUUUGCUCAUUUUAUCUUGUCUAGCUAUCUCGAAGUGCC